CCCAAGGUCUUUUAAUGUGGCACGCGCGCUUUUCUCCACGCGACCUUCUUUCCACUUUCCUUCCGGUUCACACUGUUACGCCAUGACGUCAACAUCUGUCUGAACAAACCGACGCAAAUUCACAGAAAAGGGAGCGCCGGCAAAGAGGAGGACAUGGCUGUAAAUGUAUACUCCACUUCAGUGACCAGCGACAACCUGAGUCGCCAUGAUAUGCUUGCGUGGAUCAACGAGUCUUUACAGAUGAACCUCACAAAGAUCGAGCUGCUGUGUUCAGGUGCCGCCUAUUGCCAGUUUAUGGACAUGCUCUUCCCUGGCUGUGUGCCUUUGAAGAAAGUCAAAUUUUCAGCAAAGUUAGAGCAUGAAUACAUUCACAAUUUUAAGAUCCUGCAAGCUGGAUUCAAGCGAAUGGGUGUUGACAAAAUCAUCCCCGUUGACAAGCUGAUAAAGGGCAAGUUCCAGGACAACUUUGAGUUUGUGCAGUGGUUUAAGAAGUUUUUUGACGCCAACUAUGACGGGAAAGAGUAUGACCCAGUGGAGGCACGCCAAGGGCAGGACACAAUGCCCGUGCCCAACCCAUCCAUGCCUGCUCUCAACAAGCCCAAGAAGAUCAUGAACGCAGCACCACAAAGGGCAGCUGUUGCCAAGGUAGCGCCCAAGAUGACUCCCAGUUCUGCACGGAGGCCAGGAGCCGGUGGCGAUGAUGAAAGGGCGGAGCUUAUACAAGAGGUGAAUAUACUGAAGUCCACGAUCCAGGACAUGGAGAAGGAGCGAGACUUUUACUUUGGCAAACUGAGGAACAUUGAGCUGAUCUGUCAGGAAAAGGAGAGCGAGGGAGACCCCACCCUGCAGAGGAUUGUGGAUAUUCUCUAUGCCACAGAUGAGGGCUUUGUCAUACCAGAUGCCGAAGCAGAGGACCAGGAGGAGUUCUAAUGCCUAUAACUAGAUCCAGUUGUGUCCUUGUCUCCUCCCUCAUCUCUACACAUUUCACUCCCUCCUGCUGUCUCAGAUCAUGUUAUGCAUUUUGGACUCAACGAACACUGUAUGGAAAGUAAUUUGGGUUGCAUACAGAGUUAAAGUAGCUACAUUAGAAGAACCUCCUCUGAUGCCUUCUUAGAGAAGAGCACAACGUGGCUGCUCAGCUGAUCUUGCUGAGCUCAGGAGAGUUGGAGCAUUCGUCUCAAACAUUCAGUAUCAUGUAAAGUUCUUGCAACUUCAGGGGAACUUGCAAAUUUAUUCAUUGAUAGAUAAUCAUCUUUGACAGUUUCUUUUUGCCACGGUGUGAAUAGAAGAGGUGUUUUCCUCUCUCCCUCACAAGAUGGGUGGCAUGUACUUCAUAAUAAUAAUGCUAUACUAAUCAUAUUUUCCAUAUUUAAAAAUGUACUUCCUUCACACCAUCUUAGUUUUUGCCUUUGGUUCAGAUGUGAAUUAAUGAACAAAAUCCUUAAAAAAAAAAAAAAUCCACAUUUUUAUCAGUUUACAUUGCUUUUUAUUCCUAUGCGAUUAUUUUUGUGAAAGGCUUGUAGCAGUCACCUUUUCUCCAGCUUUGAUCCUGUGACUGUGCCUUAUAGACUGAGUGGAGGGAGACCAGUCUGAUGUCUGUGUUUGUCUUUGUUUGUGUGUCAGAAUAUGUUUCUCAUGGUCUAGGAAGUCAGUUUUGCAGCAAAAAGGAUUGAUUUGUUUAUGAACGUUCCAAAAUUGGCCACAAACUGCCAUGAUUGUGAUCAGUAGCUGUUUCUUGGUGGUUGUUUGGGAUGUUUUUCUAACUGUGACAUUACCGGCAUAGUUGCAAAAGCAUCCUCUGUGACAUGGUUAUUUUUAAUAAUUGAUUUGUUUGUGGAAAAAAAAAAUCUUAAUUCAUUGUCCGCUACAGUGGUGGAUUCGGAGGCCAAAUUAAGAAAUAGCAUGACAAAUAUUCCCAGUUUUUGCACUUUGAGUGCAUAGAUUUUUUUUUUUACUACCUAAUAUUUAAUGUAUCAUUUUACCAUUUCACACCUUUUAAUCUCUGCCUUGGUAGAACUCACAUUCUGUAUUGGCAAGUGUUCAAAUCAAAUUAAAGAAAUGUUUGAACAUUUCUGUUUAUUUUUUUUCAUUGGUGUUUUUGGCUCCAAAAUAACUGAAAGGGUUUCAGGUGCAGCCUAUAAGUCUUCUUUUUCUCCCCAACAAAUUUACCAAAUUGUGCAUGGAAGCUAGUUACUAGGAUUAAGCUUGAGUCCAACAGAAACACUGUAUGGCCAAAAGUUUGUCCAUCACAGCAAUAUGUGCUUUUUGAGCACCCCAUUCCGUUCCAGAUUUAUUCCCCCCUUUGCUAUUGUAAUAACCUCCAGUGUUCUGGAAAGGCUUUCCACUAGAUUUUGGAGUGUGGUUGUGGGGAUUUGCCCAUUCAGCCACAAGAGUAUUAAUGAGAUCAGGCACUGAUGUUGUGCGAGGAGGCCUGGCACACAGUCGGCAUUCCAAUUCAUCCAAAAUGUGUUCAGUGCGGUUGAGGUCAGGGCAAGUCUGUGCUUCCAACUUUGUGGCAACAGUUUGGGGAAGGCUCACAUAUGGGUGUGAUGGUCAGGUAUCCACAUACUUCUGGCCAUGUAGUGUAUAUUCAAAUCCAUUAAUGUUUAUGUAGAAUGGUAUAAUCUAUGAAAAUAUUGUGAUAGAUUUUAAAUUGUUUUUUUAACCACAUUGUAGAUUACAUUCCAGUUGGAGAAUAAAAGGCCACUCCUGCUGGUGUAAGGAAAAAAAAAAACAUUAAAAACAUUACACUUCCUGUAUUAUGUAAUUCUUGGUACUUUUUAAGUUGUAUCGAAAGAAAUCGCAGCACAUCACUUCCAUUAAUUUAUGGUCAGUUGUGUGGACUAGAGCUUAGAUAAUGUGGAGACUUUCCUGAUGUUUGUUGAUCACUGUGCUAACUGUAUCUUCUCAUGUAGCAGUAAUAUAACAGCACUUCUGCUUUUAUUAGCUGGCUAUUCAAAUAUAUCUGGGUUUUGGCUUUUUACACUGAAAUGUUCAACUCGUUUAGUUCUUGGCUAUGUUAUACACACUGUCCAACACUGCCAGCGUUUGUGGUCAUGCAACACUGCCCGACUGUUACUGGUAAAAUGCCUUGACUGAUCCUUCAAAACGAGCGAAUAAACAGUUACAUUCGCUGAAGGUAUUUUUUUUGUUUUGUUUUGUGUUGGUCCAAAGUGAAGUAACCUUGAUAUCACCGUGAGAUUAUGUUAAUGUGCAGUGGUUUUUGGGAACCUGGGCCAUGUUUCUUAAUGUUGCUGAUAAUGACACUCCAAAGAACAGAGUGCUAUAAUAAAAGUAGCAAUCAGAUUUGCAGGCAAAACAUUAGGAAACAUUACAUAAUCAAUCUGAUGAUCACUCUUUCCUCUUUUGUUUGUGCUGUAUGAUGGUAAAAUGCUGUGUAAUGUAUCCAGGGUGAAAAAUUCGAAGUAACCAAAUCGCAGUGGUGCUCUUCUCCCAAUCUUGAUCUUUUCAUUCUUUGGACUUCAACAUCAUCUACAGAGAUGACUUCUACACUGUGAGUUAGUGCGGCUUGUGUUCUUACACAUUCGUUUUUGUUUCUUAAGUUCUUCUCUGGUCCAAACCCUUCUUUGUGUACUUGGGUGUGUGGAAUUUCUCCUUUUUAAACUGUAUUUGCCAUCAUCAGUUUCUUACAAAUAAAACAGUAUUAAAUGUG